AUGGCUUCUGCAUCGUCGAAAACCCUAACGGACUUCUUCGAACGAGCUCCGAAGCGCAUGAAACCCACUCUGACCACAAUCUGUAAAUCCGAUGAUGCUAACGGCUCCACGCUUUCCGUCGAACAAAAAUCGCGCAUCGAAUGCAACAAGCUGCUCGCUAAAUCAAAGAAGAAUCUCAAAAUCUGCGUCGAAAGGGUCUCCAAAUGCAAAGCAGGGGGUUAUGUGAAACUAGAGGAGUUGCUAGUGGAGGAAACGUGGUUGGAAGCUCUCCCAGGUGAAUUCGAGAAACAGUAUGCCGUUAAUCUCUCAAAGUUUGUGGAAACAGAGAUUUGCAGUGGCAACGAUGCUGUGUAUCCUCCUUCGCACUUGAUUUUCAAUGCUCUUAACUCUACCCCGUUUCACAGAGUUAAAGCUGUGAUCCUUGGCCAGGACCCUUAUCAUGGACCUGGUCAAGCAAUGGGGCUUUCUUUCUCUGUCCCUGAGGGAGUGAAAGUUCCUCCUAGUUUGGUAAAUAUAUUUAAGGAACUUAAGCAAGACCUUGGUUACUCUAUUCCACCUCAUGGAAAUCUUGAAAAAUGGGCUCUGCAGGGUGUUCUCUUACUCAAUGCUGUUCUCACAGUCAGGAAGCAUCAAGCAAAUUCUCAUGCAAAAAAAGGCUGGGAACAGUUUACUGAUGCUGUUAUCAAGGCAAUCUCACAGAAGAAGGAAGGAGUUGUGUUUCUGUUGUGGGGAAACUCUGCUCAGGAGAAAUCUAGGUUAAUUGAUGGAACAAAGCAUUACAUUCUUAAAGCUGCACAUCCUUCUGGUUUAUCUGCAAGUAGAGGCUUCUUUGGCUGCAGGCACUUCUCUCACACUAAUCAACUUCUGAAGGAAAGGGGGAUUGAUCCCAUAGAUUGGAAACUAUAAUUUAUAUGUAGAGUUUCAAGCCUUUAUUCCUUUAAUCAUCUUCAUUUUUGAAGCCUAGUUGCUACAAGUUUUGGUGCGCUUCUGAGUCCAUUUUCCUUAAUGUGAAGAUGAUUCUUUUGGUUUCAAAUCUAACCCGUAAAAAGAUGCUUUUGUCAGUAGUUUUACCCUGCAGUGUUGUUACCUCGGAGAUUCUGCAGUACUGAACAUUACUGUAUUGUAUUUUGGCUUAACGAUGUUC